GAGAGAGAGAGAGACAGAGACAGAGAGAGAGAGAGAGAGAGAGAGAGAGAGAGAGAGAGAGAGAGAGAGAGAGAGAGAGAGAGAGAGAGAGAGAGAGAGAGAGAGAGAGAGAGAGAGAGAUUGAUUUUUUUCACUAGUUUAAUUCCUGAAAAUGAGGACUGGGAAUGUAUGGUUUUAAACUUCUGUGUAGAAAAUUAAUAUGGCUGUUAUAUUAUAAGGCUCUGUUUAAAUAUCAAGUCUUUAGAUAUUUUCAGGUGAUUAAAAUUAUGAAAUAUUGUUUUAUUUUGUUGUUUUUUGUAUUUUCAUAGAACAAAAGCAAAUGAGCAUAUUGUUUCAGAGAAGGUGCUACCAGUAGAAUGCAGAGAAGUGCCACAAACCUCAACAAGUGUUCAUGUUUGGACCGCAUGUUAUACAUUGCCUAUAUUUCCUCCAGUUGUACAGAUGGCCCUUGAUAGAAAGGACAUUGGUUUCAAAUCAAAAGACAAAUCUGCCCUUCGUGCAGCUCUAAUACAGACUCUGUUUGAUGACCUCAGCAAAUAUACGCUGUAUCCAGACCACAUAAUGUACAGUACUGUGCUAAGUACUUUGUGCUGUAAGUACAGAUUUCUAAGGGAUGACAGCCAAACUGGAUAUGCUACUCUACUUGAAAUACUGAGAAAUAAAUUCAAAAAAGAGAGAAAGACACUUAUUUCAGUGGAGACUGUAGAAGACAUGAAAAAAAAGUUUGGUGCUGUGGGUCGAGGAAGGAAGCGUGCACCAGAGCAACAGCAACCGCUCAUGGAAAAGAGAAGAGAAUCUAUGCAAAGUGAGGAGUUCCCAGGAGAAGACGAGCAUGGUACUGUACACACUCGGGAAAGAAUGAUGGAGAAGAAGUCCACUGAAGAAGUCCUUGGUCUGUUUCCAUUCCUAAAGCAUCCUAAACUGCUGUUGCACGAAGUAGAACUACGUUUUGGAGUAAACUUGGAACGGAACCUAAUGAGUGGCCUAUCCAGAAUGGUAGAUCCUAUUUUCAGACUUUCUAGUGGGCAUCUUCUAACUACUGUGAUGUCCUACAUUGAAGAUGCUUCAGAUAAGACACAGGAAAAUGGACUGAGAAUGAAUGCUGCAUUGUUGCUGUUGCCAGCUUUGUUUCGAGAGAGGGAAAAUCUGUUGUUUGUUGUUGACCAAGUACCACCAUCACCUACGCCAACUAUCGUUUUCAAGGGAACAACAAGCCCAUUGGCAGCAGAUGACAUCUCUGUUUGUGUUGAUGGAAUUGAGAUACUCAGUGAUUAUCCAGGAAUGGAUAUCACCCUUGCUGUUGAAUGUAUUUUUUCUCUUUAUUUUUCCUUGGGCAUUGAGUAUCCUAAAGCUCUAAAAAAUUUUCUGACUUUCAUGGAAAGGUACUUCAUGAAGCUGAGUACCUCUGACAAAGUACCUUUGCCAGUGUUAAAGAUGUACAGUCAAAUAACUGCACUUUUACUUGGGGAAUAAUUAUAUUGAUCUGAUGGAAUGCCAUUUUAACAUUUUAACUGAAAUUAAAUGAAUUUAUUGUGUCAACUAUUUAAUUUGAUUACAAAAACAGAAUGUUUGAUAUAAAAAUGUAAUUGUACAUAUCAAAAAAAGUAUUUAUUUUAAAUGUAAAUGGCUGAUUAGAAAAUUAAUUGUUUAUAACAAAUGUAAAUUGUUUUUAAUAGAAGUUUUGAUCUAAAAAAACUAAUAAACAUUCAGUCUUAAUUUAUAGAUAUCAUAAACUCAUAAUAAGCUCUGAUCUAAAUACUGUACUGUAGCUCUUCUAAUUUGUGCCACCAAAAAAUGAAUAAGAAAAAAGAAACCCACGUUCAUCAUUUUCAAUAUACAUUUUAUCUCAGCUUUUUCAAGGUCUAUUACAUGUUCUUGAAAAUGUAUUUUGUGUAAGUUUCAGGAAAAUCUGUGGGAUGCAUAGAUUUAUUUUCCAGUUUGCUGCGAGACCCUUUUUUUCACUGUGUAAAUAAUAUGGUUUAAUUAUUAAACACACAGGUUGAAUAAAACUGUGUAAAACUGUAUAUAACUAAACCUGAAACUGAAACUACUCUAAUGGUUUAACCUGUAAAAACAAUAAAUUGUUAUAUAAAUGUUUAAUAAAUAAAUUGUUGGCAUCCUGAAUUGAGUGA